AUGUGGAUUAUUCCUGGUCCUGGAAGUCUACGACUCUGCAAGAGGUCUCUUGUCUGUCGAGGAAUUGCGUUCAGGUCGUAUGCCACCAAGGCAUCUGACCCGCUCCGCAUCCUCUUUUGCGGAUCCGAUGAAUUCAGUAUCGCUCACUUGAAAGCUCUCCAUGCUUAUCAUUUCAAGAACCCCGAGCGUAUUUCUUCAAUUGAUGUGGUGUGUAGACCUGGAAAGAGAGUUGGAAGGGGAUUGAGGCAGAUCCGAGAAGUCCCGAUUAAGGCGGCCGCAUCUGCUCUCUCCCUCCCGGUCCAUGAGAUUGACACCUUUACUGGAUGGACGCCUCCGGCUUCCCCGAACGGAGACAUAAACUUGAUCAUUGCUGUCUCAUUUGGACUUUUUGUUCCGCCGCGCAUAUUAAAUGGCCUCAAGUAUGGGGGCAUGAACGUGCACCCCUCGAUACUACCAGCUUUCCGCGGUGCUGCACCGAUUCAUCACACUCUUCUCGCCGGUCACACCACCACUGGCGUGACGGUUCAGACCUUGCACCCAAAAAAAUUCGAUCAUGGAGUCAUCUUAGCACAAACACCAGCUCCCGGGCUUGAGAUCCCCGAGCCGGAGUCCUGUACCGUUCCCGAGUUGGAGAGCUUCCUUGCACAGAAAGGAGCACAAAUGCUUGUGGAAACCAUUGAUAAGGGGCUAUUCGUUCCCCCAGUAUCAGUUGCAGGUACUGAACAAACAGGGGAGGCAAGCCACGCUCCCAAGAUCACCCCAGAGGACCGGCACAUCGACUGGACGAACUGGACUUUGACGGAGAUCAAGCGACGUAACCGAGUGAUUGGACCUCUCUGGAGCAAAGCCCUCUGCUCAUCCAAUGCCGCAGAUGGACCUCUCAAAUUCCAACAAAAACGAGUCAUUUUCACUAAUACCGAGGAAGUCGAUCCACCAAAGGGGUGUGAUUCAUUCUCAGUCCUCCCUGGUCUGCCGUUCACCAACGCCUCUCACCCCGUCGAGCCCAAGAAAACACGGCAACUCUACGUGUUUACUGCCGAUGGGAAGGUUUUGCGUAUCAAUCGGAUGAAAGUGGAAGGCGAACAAGAUGCAGAAGGGUUGAGAGCCGCUAUCAAAGCUCGCAUGUUUGCUGAUCGAGCAUUCCAUUAUGAAGGCCGGGAUCUGACUCCCUUCCGCAAUCCUCUUGUAUAA